AUGAAUAACAGUUUUAAUAGUGGAAAUGUACCAAAAGAGAAUACAGCUAUUUAUAAAGAUCUAAGAUUAUCUAUUCAAUCAUGGGUUGCACCAUCUGUCUUGGUGAUAACAUCACCUACAGUAACGAAACUAUUUCAAAAGAUGUCAACUACCACCGGUAACUCUUUUACCGAUAUUUUGAAUCAAUAUGUUAAUGAUAAGCGUGAAUCAUACUAUGAAUUGAACGAAUUAAAGUUGAAUUUCAUUACGUUGCAACAUCUUGAACCCGCCAGUUUUACACAGUCGAUCACCGACACCUCGACUUCAGUAGAUGCAAUGGCAACCGAUGAAUAUUGUUCAAACUUUAAGAUUAGAACAAAACAAGAUGUUCCUUAUUUUCAUAAAGUUUGUCAAGAUCCAACACCUUGGUUCGAGAAAUAUAGACAUCAUUACUUGAAAUCAUGUCAUAGUCCAGAGUUGGAGACAUUCUCACAUCCGAUUGCAGUGAUGUUGAUCGUAUCGAGUGAAGAUUCGAAUCCAAUCGGUUUGUUGGUGAAGAUGUUUGACAGUGCGAAACCACCUGCCAUCUUCCAGCAGUACAACGCCGAUGCAAACAUACCAAAGAUCUAUAUUCUCGUGCAUCCAGAGAACUCUGAGGUCGAAUCGGAACGACGUCUAUCAGAGAUGAAGAACACGUUCGGUGCUACCAACUCUUACCUCUUGCGUAUCUCACCGAAAGAAGACGAUGGUGGUCUCACCUACGAACCGUCGACCGCCAACAACAGCAACCCUCUCUACACGAUCGUCAGUGAUCUAACAAUGAAACACAUUCCAAAUUUCAUUGAGAAAUCUAUAUUGGAAUUAAAUGAUACUAUUGUUGCAAAUAAAAAGAGUUUCUUCUCAAAGAUGAAAUUGAGAAUUGGAUAUAAGAAGAAUGAGGAUGAAGCAACGUCGGCUGUUUCCGUUGAAUCUUGUCAACGUAGAUUAUCAGAUCUCUAUUUCCUCUUGCAAGACUAUGAGAAUGCAUUAUCGAAUUACAAAACACUACUAAAGGAAUUCAGUGCCGAAAAGACACCAAAUCAUUAUGCUGCUACCUAUGAAAUGAUUGGAAUAUGUAAUUUUAUGUUGAAUAAAGAAACUGAAUCACAGUUUGAAACAGCUAUCAAUAAUUAUACGAGAUCGGGAUUGAAUGCAGCAUCGGUUCGUGCAGCGAUGAUACAAGGUGAGAUAUUGAAACGAAAGUCUAGCUACAAGUUGUUGGCCGAUCUCUACAAAUCGAUUGCCGAGCGAGAGAUUGAUCCUUUCUGUGCUGCGGUGUUGUUGGAGCAGGCCGGUUUCUGUUUGUUGCAAUACCCGGCACCGUCGUUCAGAAAGGCAUGUAUGCGUUUGGUGCUUGCCGGUGACAAGUACGCCGAGGCAUCGAAGCGCAAACACGCAUUGCGCUGCUACGGAUUCUCCUAUGGCGUGUACGAAGGUCGCGAUUGGAACUACAUCGACGACCAUCUCCAUCUGGCGUUGGUGCGUUACUCGUUCUUCCAAGGACACACCAGCGACUCGAUUCUGUUUGUCAACAAACUGCUCGAGAAGAACUGUCAGUCUUUCCAAUCGCAAAACUCGAUCAUUCGUGAGUUCCUUUUCAUCUCGAAAUCCACUGCCAAGGACAACUAUAUCGGUGAGUUGCCGUUGCCGUUGAUCAACAACGACCGCACCCAAGUGUUCCUCUCUGAUUACUCGACAGAGUUGAAUCAGUUGGUUUGGCAAGAGAUGGAAGAGGCGUUCAAGAAAGAGGCAUCUAUCAUUACAAAACCGGUGCUACAGGGAUUCGAUUUGUGGCGAAAAGAUCAAUUCCAAGAGGCAGAGAAAGAGAGAACCAUCGUCGUUGAGGAACCGAUCACAGUCGAAUGUGAAAUUAGAAAUCCUCUGCAGGUUCCACUGCAAUUCAACCGUGUACACUUGGUUGCCACCUUUAAGAAUUCGCAGACACAAGAGGAAGAAUCCAAUAUGUCGCCACUCGACGACGAUGCUCUUGCCGCAAUGGACAAUGGUCAGACACCAUUCAAAGUGGAAUCGAUCGAUCUCCUUCUUGGACCAAGUGAAACAAAGAAAUUGGUUCUAUCGAUCAUCCCACUCAAACAGGGUCAACUCAUUAUCAAAGGACUUGGUCUAUGUAUGUGUGGUUCCGUUUGGGGUAAAAGACAAUUCAAUUUAAAACAAAAGAGAUUAAACAAAACAAGACAACAAAGAGAAUCAGUUGUUUAUGAACCAAAUUUAACUUUAACUUUUAGUGUUACUUCACCAAUGCCAAGAUUGGAAACACAGUUUAUUGAAUUCCCGGCUGCUCUUAGUCAUGGUGAAAUGAAACAAGCAAAAUUACAACUUAAAAACUGUAGUAAUAAGAUGGGUUUGAAAAAUGUAAGAGUAAGACUAAGUCAUCCAACUCUUUGUUGUUUUGGAUCAAAUAAUAAUGAUGCCAGUAUAUUGAGUACAUUGGAUUCAUCGAUUUUAUUGAAUAUUGAAUUACCACCUGGUGCAACUGUGACUGUUCCUUUGUGGGUACGUGGUUUGGUCGUUGGAAGAUACAAUCUGAGAUGCUUGGUAUACUAUGAGUCGGAAGCAGGUAACUCUGAUUUGAAGUAUCGUCUCGCUAGAUGUCAAACCGAUUUCGAUGUGAAAGCAUCACUUCGUAUCUCAACAUUCUCACAGCAAUCAUCGACCAAUCUCAACAACUACUUGCUGGGAAUCGAAGUUGACAAUCCAAUUAUCGGUGGUGGUGGUGACGUCUUUUAUUUGAAACAGAUUUCAUCGAUUUCCCAGCACUGGAAGAUCACUCCACUCUCCUACAAAGAAGACGUACCAAACAAUUCGAUUCUAACAUUGCAUCCAGGUCAAUUCACCAAUUUAUUCUUUGGAAUAAGUCCAACUGCAGAGCAACAACAAAAUGUUAACCAACAACAGCAACAACAACAACAGUUAGCCAUCACCAAUAUAUCGUUCGAUAAGAAUGAACCAAUGUAUGACUCUUCAUCAUUCCCUGUUUUCCAAUUUUUGGAAUACGAGAAGAUGUCACAUCACGAUUAUUUCCAGGGUGCAUUGAGUAUGGGUGGAGCUGCUCCUGGUGGCUCUGGUGGACACAACUCAAAUCAUAUGACAGCCAGCAACGUUGGUACUGCCAACAGCAAUAUACAAUCAUCGAGAGAAUCACUCUCUUUGAAAUCACCAAUUUCAAGUGAGUUUACGCUUGGCGAGCAUCAGAAUCUCUUGGAUCUCAUGUUGUUCUGGGAGUCGGUACCCUCAUCACCUUCACAGAAACUUGUUCCAACAACAUCAUCAACAACAGCACCAACAUCGACUACCCUAGCCAACACUAUUGCAACCAUUCCAUCAACCGGUGGUAAACCAACUCCAAGAAUGGGAGUGUUGAAUGCAACCUCCAUUUCAUUCCUACCGACACACUUUAACGACACAACGCUCGCUACACCAUGGGGAUCUUGGCGCAAUACUACGUCGCCCACCGGCAAGUCAUUGAUGUACGUCGACCCAUCCCUUAGAUUCCAAGCUCCUCUGCGUCAUCAGUUACAGUCGCCACUUUCAAUUCAACACGACUUCCAAAAGAACUCAAUCUGUACAACACCACUUAAAUUGCAACUCUCGAAUUGCUCGCCAACUCACACACUCCAACUAUGUAUCGAUACACUUUUACCACAUGAAAACCUAGAUGUCACCAGUCAACUUACAUCGCAAUACUUUUGGACUGGAAUCACGCGUUACAACAUUGAACUUGCACCACUACAAUCGCAAGAGCUUCCUCUCAGCGUUUGCUUCCUAAGGGCUGGAACAUAUAAUAUCAAUCGUUAUAAAAUCAAUAUCAAAAUCAAUAACAGUGAGUUCUCUAAAGAUAUUUAUUCAACAGUUCAACAUUUAAUUGAUGUAGAAGAUUCAGAAUAA